AUGCCAAGCGCACCACUCGGACGCGGCCCACCUCACCCGUUCUCACCGUUCAACGAUGAGGCCGAUGACGAUGCCCAUGAGGAGAGCUGGCGCCUUUACGGCAGCACGGUGGCACUGGCGGACUGCCGUGUCUCUACGCUGCUCCCCUCCCCUCCACCACAGCUCACUCGCUCAGCGUUGACCGCAGUGCUUGAAUUAGAUUGUGACGCACUCAGCGGUAGCGAUGACAGAGGGGCGCUAAUUGAUGUUGUGCUCUCGCACCUCUGCGCCGCGUCGAGUUUGCCAGGCGCCGAUGCGGAUGCCUGUGGUGGCACCGAGCGAAGCGCCAUGGCCGCAUUGAGCGACACGUGGCGUGAAGUCAAGUCUCGCGUUCCGCUCAAGGCCAGUCCCUCUAUCCACCUCACCGGCGGUCACAUCCGUGCGCUUCUUCGUAUGUACGCCGAGGCGAGCGUCGAGCUCGCAUCGAUUACACUUCUGCGGCCCCUAACAGCAGCGGCCGAGCCCACAGCGGGAGCAGAAACCGAAAUGGCCGCGGCAGUGGCUGCUCUUGGUGCGGUGCACGAAAUUCUCGGUGCUCAGCAGGUGGCCCGCAUCACCGCCUCGCACAUUGCCUCCGUGCCUACUGACCAGACCAUCCUUGAUCGUAUCCGUACCCUCCUGCUUGCGCUUCUUGGCGCAUCGCCAUUGUCCUCCUCGCGCGCGCAGUUUUAUCUGCACCCGCAUCUAGAGCUCAGCAUCGAUCCGUCCCGCAGCGUCGCUGGGUGUGGCCUGGUGGCCAUCGGCACCGUCGGAGAGGGAGAGCUGCUGGCCCGCGAGGCGGCACUUGCCACAGUGGACGGCACGGAGGUACGCGUAUUUAGCCGAGGCGACUCCGAGACGACGAGCGCCGUCGCCAACACCGCAGAGCACAUGCAGGACAGCACGCCGAUCUGGAAGGAAGGUGUGCGGCGUUGCCACAGCAGCGCGGCGGCUGCCCCUGUGGCGGAGGAAGCAGCGAAUGAACCGAUCGCUCGGACACUUCAGCGCAAGGACUCAGCGCCGCUCAUCACAGAAAAUGGUGAGCGCAGCGCGGCAGCGCAGCUUCUUAGUCUGCUGGCCCGCUUCCCAGAUCUCCUGCGCGGCGGCCUGCACCAGUGGGCCGAACGGGUGAUGCGCGAUGCUUUUGCCCUUCAGUCUGCCUCGUGCGUGCAGCAGGUGCAGGUCAGCAAGGCCGCAAAGCCACAGGCGGAGGCCGCACCACAAAAUAGCCCGUGCGACACAAACCUCACUGCCGACGCGCCGCUACGCAGAGCGCGGCACUCGCGCGGCGGCGUGGCGCAUGCAUUUCUUCCAUCUGCGCCUCAGUUGCUCCUCCACGUGCGAGGUGUUGAUGAAUUCCGCAUUAAACCGCCACCCCGAUCGUGGCGGCGCAAGCCGUGCAAUGAGCACCACGGAUGCGUCAAUGCAGGGAUGACGAGGGGUGACGGCGACUGUGGCGUGGCUGCGUGCGCUUCCCCGAGUGCGAGCGAUGUGUCUGUGAAGGCACUUUUCCCGUUCUUGCGCCACCUCAACCACGCGUGCGUCCCCAACGCGAUCCUCGUGCUGGACAGGACACCCACGCAUCUACGCAGAAGCGGCGACGACGGUGUCGUCGCGUCACUCGUUGCACUGCGGGCCAUCGAGAGCGGCGAGGAGGUCACGGUGUCGUACGUGCCUGCCACCACAGCUCUGACGGUGUCGCAAACGGAGCUGUUGGAGACGCUUGGGUUUCGGUGCCGCUGCCUCUUCUGCACGCAGAAGGCCGCGUUGCUACGUGGGCAUGUGUGCGGCGAGUGCGGACAGCUUAUCUACGAGCCAGGCAUCCAGGGGGAACCUGAGGCCCUCAGCAGUAUGCCCGCAGCGGCUGGUGCGUCGAAAAGGGCCACCGUGUUCCGGCAUGAGGAGCAUUGCUCACAUCGGCGAAGGGCUUGUGAGGUACACGGCGUCACCGAGGAGAAGAGCUCAGCUGCUGCUCAGUUGCAGCGUCAGCUGGAUGACGUUCUAGUGCGGUUGGCCAAGGGUGAGGACGAAGGCGAAGCCGGAGAGAACGUGCGUGAUCCGGUGGUGGCAGCGGUGCGACACCUCGUCGACCUCGACGCGUGCGUCGCCCGGACUCUUCUACCUACGCACUUUCUGCGACUGCGGCUUCGCUUGGAGGCGUUCGCCUACUCGACGGUGGCGAGAGGCCUCGGCUCCACUGUGAGCGCCGAGCUCAUCCAUCUCUGCGCAAGCACCCUGGAAGAGCUGGAGAUGCUCAUGCCGGCCAACCACCCCCUCUUGACCGGGCUGCGCAUGUACCUCGUCUUCAGUCGUGGUCGACAUGUGCGAGCGGUCAACGCCGCUGAGGAUUUGGUGCACGGCACGCGGCAUGAGGAGUGCUGCGGUGCCGUGCGCGAGCAAGCCGCAUUGAUGCAGCUGCCUUUUGUUGUGGACCCGCUUGUGCGCCGUUGCGUGGUGCGCUGCUUUCAGGAGCACUACGUGCAGCUUCUGCGAUGGAGAGCAGAGUGGCUGUCGCGCGCUGGUGAGGUCGGCACCUUGAUGUCUUUCCUGGCACGAUACUCGGUGGAAUUGGAAGCUUGUGGCGUGACGACGGCGGAGCACAUGGAGCUGCUGUCCUGCAUGGAGGACGGUGCCGAGGACGCGUAG